AUCGGCUGUUCGAAAAACUUCAGAUCAUCGCCUCAGGGUCUCCCGUACAGCAUCGCGAAAGAGCUUCCCCCGUAGCACGCGACCAACCCAUCAAAGCCUCCCCCCCAGCGCCGCAGUCGACCCGUUCGAGACUCGCGCCGAAGCGACGCUGGCCGUGCUGUCACACUCUCUCAAGGAAACCAUUCAAUUGGCCAUCUCAAGCUCCUAACCGACGUCCUCGAAAAAAAGUGAACGAGAGAGACCACGACUACGAAACACGGUACUCUUCCCAAGCUCCAUCACAACUUCCAACCGACAAUGGAGGCCAGGACAUUGACAAGACCGGCCGCCACGCUGGCAUCUCUCCUCCGCCAACAAGCAACCACUACCGUCCCCCGAAGAGGCCACAAGACCUUCUCCCGCACAAAGCGCGCCCUCAACAUCCCUCCCCACCCCGACUUCCUCCCCUCGACCCCAGCCGCCGGCGACACAAUCAUCUACAACCCGCCCUCCGCCGCCCCCUCCGUCUACCACACCCCCUUCAAGUUCCUCCCGGCCUCCGACCCCCGCCGCCGCGCAAACCUCUCCGCCCUCUUCGCCUCCUCCUCACAAGCAACAUCCUCAUCAAAAUCAACGACACCCCUCCCCCCGGCCCUCAACGUCCCCUCCCGCGGCGCCAACCCGCGCUACCACCUCUCCAAGGACGACGUCGCCGAGAUCCGCAAGCUCCGCGCCCACGACCCGGAUUUCUGGUCCGUCUCGGCCCUCGCGCGCAAGUUUGACUGCUCCGAGACCUUCAUCACCAUCUGCACGCCUGCCCCGCGAGAGCACACGCAGAAGCUCGCGCAGAAGCUCGAGGCCGUCAAGAGCCGCUGGGGUGGUAUUCGCACAAAGGCCCGCGAGGACCGCUCGCGCAGAAAGGAGAUGCUCUUCCGGGGUGAGCUGUAAAGAAAGAUUCAAACCGAAGAAGAAGAAAAAGACCUACUCAGGAAAAGAUCAAAAAUGGGGCCGCUUGACGACUCGGGAUGCCUGAGUCUGUUACUGUACUUUUGGCGAUGAGAUAGGCAUUGGAGGGGGGGGGGGGGAAA